AUGGAAGUUGUGGACAUCCUGCUCAUCAUCUUGGCGAUCUUCCUCCCGCCCGUCUCGGUCUUCCUCAAGCGAGGAUGCGACAUUCAUCUGCUCAUUAACAUUCUCCUCUGGAUUUUUACAUGGAUCGGCGGCGUCAUCCAUGCGAUCUGGGUUCUCAACAGCAAGCGCACGAAGAACUUCCUCAUCGUGGACAACAAGACCAAGCUGGGUCAGGUCGAGGAGGCCUUCAGGGAAUUCACCGCUCGGGAGGACCUUGCCAUUCUGCUCAUCUCUCAGCAUGUGGCCAACGACAUCCGCCACCUGCUCGACGAAUACGAUCGCCUUCUUCCCACGGUCCUCGAGAUCCCAUCCAAGGGUGCGGCCUACGACAUGGCCAAGGACUCGCUCAUGACCAAGGUCCUCCGCAUGCUCGGCACCUCCGCUGACGCCCCCGACAUCGACGACGAGAGCACCUCGCACCACUAA